AUGCGACGACCCGAGAACGUAAGCUUCCUCCCGGCCCAGGUCGACGCCGCGCUCGCGUCCCGGCCGCUCACCGCGACGAUUUCGCCGCUCUACCUCUUCCUCUCCGACCUCGUCCUCUUCUUCGGGAACGCCUUCUACCUCCCCGGCAUCGUCUUCCCCCUCGCACCCUGGCCCUCUGGCCACCUCGACGAGCUCUAUCCCUCUCUCGCCAACCUCUCUGCCAUAUCCGUGCACCUCUUCCUCGUCUGUCUCCAGCUCGGCUUCCUCCUCUCCCUCCCCCUCGGCCUCUUCUUCGUCGGCGCCGUCUGGCUACUCUACUGCGCCGCCGUCUUGUUCGCUGUCUUCCUCGUCUGCCUCCCCCUCAACGGCGGCCGCAACGGCCAGAAGGUGCUCAGCGACAGGCGCAUCCUCCAUGGCUGCGACCCCAAGGAUAGGGAGUCCUGGGUGUUCAUCAACGGCGUCGCCGUCGGCAAACACUGGCUUCAGAGCAACCUCGACAGGCUCUCCCUCACCUUCCUCCGGCCCAUCACCGGCGUGCACAACAUCACCGCCGGCAUCGUCUUCGACGUCCUUGAGUGCCUCAUCCAGCGCGACUUCUCCUACCACCCGCGGGACGUGCGCCAGACGUACGCCUUCCUCAAGAACGCCCUCCUCGACCCGCACAAGGACAAGGUCGUCCUCCUCGCCCACUCCCAGGGCGGCAUCAUCGCCUCCAUGGCCCUCGACUGGCUCUACGCCGAGCUCCCGCUCUCCGCCCUCCGCAAGCUCGAGGUGUACACCUUUGGCUGCGCCGCGAACCACUUCAACAACCCCUUCAGGGCCGCGCGCCCGGGCGACGCCGCGACCGACGCGGAGCGCGACGACCCGCUCCGCGCGCGCGUGAACCCCGACUCGCCGCUCGCGGGCAGCGCGCGCGCAAUCCUCGGCGCGCAGCCGGGCGCGGCGGCCAGCACGGCGCCGUUCGACGACGCGCGCGCGGUCGCGCACGUCGAGCACUACGCGAACGAGUGCGACUUUGUCGCGCGCUGGGGCGUGCUGCACUACGCCGCGCGCGCGGAGCGCUUCGCGGGGCGCGUCUUUACGCGGCGCGGCGCGUCGGGGCACCAGCUCAACCAGCACUACCUCGACGCGAUGUUCCCGCUCGACGAUGGGCGCGCGGCUGUGCGUGAGUAUAAUGAGUUUGUGGAUGCCGAGUGCGAGGUCGAUGAGGCGCUUGUGAUGCGCCGCGAGGAGCCGGAGGUGGCGGAGAUGGACCGCAUCCUUGGGUCUGAUGGGGACGGAGAGGGUAAGGAGACGGUGGAGGUGGCGAUGGGAGACGGGAAGGGCCGGGUCGGGCCGCUGGGGAAGAUGUAUCGAAAGGCGACGCGGGCGCGGGCGAGGGCGGCGCAGGGGGCGCGCGUGAGGGACUUGAGCCGGCUCUGGGCGUAUAGGAACGGGAUGUCGCCCGAGGAUUGA